GUAACACAUGUCAGAUCGAUAAUCUAACCUACAAAAUAAUUUUACAAUUAUUGCGUUUCGUAUGUUGAUAAACAAUAUUAUAUUUCCAUCAAAAAAUGGACGCACGAGUUAAUGAUUUCCUUAAUGAAAUUAACGAAAUUGCACCUCUUGGUGAAAACAAAGCAGAAAGCGUUUGGGAAAAAUGUUACGAUGAAGAGAGCGGUUACUAUUAUUAUUGGAACACGAAAACGAACGAAGUAACGUGGGAUAUGCCUUCUGAGUAUCGAGCGCACCAUAAAACUAAGACAAAAAAGUCAUAUAACUUGUACAUACCUCCUAGAACAGCACCUCUUUUUCCUAGUACAAGUAAUCUUCCACCUGUCUCAGAUGCUAUCAAAAUAUAUAAAAUUGGUGAAUGCACAGAUACUGUGGCUAACUCUAGUGUAAAAGUAAAUAAAACCACAAAAAGUGAAGUUGUGUCUAGUCCUAAAGAAGAAAAAAGGACUGUUAUAAGUAGACCAGUUCCAAAAAAAGGUGAUCUCGAGGAUGAAAAAGUUGUUUUGAUAUCUUCAUAUGGUGGGGAUAGUGAAUCAGAGGAUGAAGCAGCUUUAAAAGAGGGUAAACAGGUCAAUGGUUCAAAAACGACGCAGCCACUAGAAUGUAAUUCCGACGAUGAAGACGACGCCGAUAUCCUCUCCAAAAUCCAAAAAAAAGCAACAGAAUUGAAAAAACUAGGAGGUGAACUACCCACAGAAGUGAAGAAAAUUGUGGAUAAAUCAAACCCACCAGAAACGAAACCGCAGCUCUCUCUUGUGGCUUGCUACAGCGACUCUGAAGACGAAACAGACAGUGAAGCACCAAAACCAGUUUUUCCUAUAGCGCCGCCUCCUGAGCAGAGCAAGACAUCACAUAGCACGUUAUUUCCGGCAACGAAACCCAUCGACAUUAAAGAUUUUGAGGAGUCGCCAAAAACGGAAGGGGAGGAAGGCUUCGAUGCGAAAGCUUUUCAACGCAAAAGACGAAUAGGCGUUGCGUUGGUCAACACGGGUAAAAAACCGAAAGUUGAUGAUGACAAUGAACGCAAAGGAUUGGGAUUUUCCAGCGAUAGUAAUAGUGGCGACAAUGUUGCCAGUAGUGGUAGUUCAUACACCGGUUUUAAAAGCGGGGGCGUUAUGUUUGUAAAGGCUGAUGUUUUAAAUCCAUCACAACCUGCACCAUCUAGUAAAGAUAAUGAAAAUUCAAAAGAAAAGUCUGAAAAUAUUUUGAAAGAAAUUGAAGAUACGUACACAACACUGAAAGAAAAACUGGGAUUUUUGAGCGAAGGGCGAGAUGAAGUGUCACCGGUACAAGUUAUGCUUAUACAGAUUGAGACUCUUCACGUUGCGUUGAGGUCAGGGGACUUGAGACAUAAUUAUUUGAGAAAAUGGCUUGAUGACACGUGUGCAGAUCUUAUAAAACUUGAAAAAGAAACCGCACCCGAUGGUUGGCUUCUUCAGUGGGAUAGGACACAUAAGCGUUACUAUUAUCAGAACGCGGCAACAGGGGAGAGUCAGUGGGAAUAUCCACAAGCGGAUGUAACUGUGUGUGAUGAAGCCAUGGAUAUUUGUACAACGCCCCCUCCUAAUGGGGCGGAGCCAACAAUCCACAUGUCUCCUCCAUUACCUCCCAUCAUAGGUGGUAGCCCCAGUCCUCCACCUCCUCCCACAAUCAGCGAUUGUAAACUCGGCAAGAAGAAGAAAUGUGAUAUUCCACUUCCUCCAGAACCAAAGGAACAACCUCCUAGUUUAAAUAUUGCGGUGGAAAGGUACGAUAGUAAUGGUGAACCUUUGCCACCAGGAGUUGAUGCGUUCGAUGUGACGGCGAAAGUGAAGGGUGGCAAAAAUAAUGAUAUGAACGAUGUCUUAAAUUCGUUUUAUUCUGACAUUGCCGCAAUUGAUAGCAACAACUCCCCAGUUUUGAACGUUAGUGAAGAUGUAAAAAGUGAAAGUAACAUUGAUGUGACAGAGCCUGCCAAGAAAAAGAAAAAAGCGAAGGUCAAACUGGCUCAAGGAAUCGCCAUGAAAAAGAAAGGCGUGUCAAAACUAGUAGAGAAAUGGAAAAAUGUACAAAUGUCUUACAAUGACUGAUAAUAAAAAACCAAAAUACUUUUUUUC